UACCACUUUGUACCAUUCCAGAGCUGGGUGUGGAGCUGCUUAUCAAUUGCAACAAUUCACAGCUGCGUCUUUCUGGAGCGUUACCUAGAGUGGAAAAACAAAGCGCAAGAACAGGAACUGCGGGGGCAGGGUGGAGAAUAAAAGAGCUUACUGUACCAUAACUUCCUUCUUCACAUGUAAUAAUAAUGAAAAGAACACACCCACACAUAGUCUGAGUUCUGUGGCAGAACAGAAGGUUUUAUACCCAGUACACACUACUUUAUGUCUGGCUCUUGUGACACUGUGCAGCAGCAUCAUGCAGAUCGCUGUGAUUCAAUGGUAGCUCUUACACUUUUGAAUAUUGAGAGACCAUGCUCAGUAAAAUCUGGUAGCCUUGUACUGUGAGGCAUAAUGAUUCUUCAGGCAGGUUUAGCCCGAUAGGAUCUCUGCUUUGCAGCUGGAAUAAAAGAUGUGCAAUGGAAUGGUAGCACCAAAGACAAGAUUCCUCGUCCACUUUCUUCCUGUUAAUAACAGGCUCUUUGUGUUCCUGGCAGCGUUACUGGCUGUCGUCUCCCAAGGACUGGCAUCAGGAUGUCAGCCGCCGUUUCAGCCGGAGAAUGGAGGGUACAAAUGCCACCCCUCACCUUGCCUCCAGCUGACGGAGGGCACUGUGAUCGAGUAUUUCUGUGAUGAGGGCUACACGCUGAAGGAGGAUUACAAAUACCUAACCUGCGAGAACGGAGAGUGGAACACUGCCAUGGAGAUCAGCUGCAGGCUUGGCCAGGAUAAAGAUCAGCGCUCAUCUCUGGAGGUGCCCACACUCUCUAUCGUUGCCACGACCGCAAGCUCUGUGGCCCUCAUCCUCCUGCUCGUGGUCCUGUUUGUUCUGCUGCAACCGAAACUCAAAUCUUUCCAUGACAGCAGACGUGACCCUGGAGUGUCUGGAGAUCCUGUUUCCAUCGUAGUGGGGGGUGUCCAGGUGGCUCUGCCUUCAUAUGAGGAGGCUGUGUACGGCAGCGGGGGGGCCACCGUCCCCCCAGCCGAGUCCCGGGUGCAGAUUGUGCUGUCGGAGGACUCCCCCACUGAGGCACACACCCUGGGACAAGCUGAGGGGAGCCAGGCCACCGGCUUUCAGUGCUCGGAGACGGUGCUGGUGCACCCACCCCCCCCUCCCUCCUCCUCCUCCUCCUCCUCCUGGGCUAGCGCAGCAGCAGCCGCCCAUCCUCAACAGCGAGACUCUGAGAGCAGCGACGAACACAGCCUGCUGUCCCUCAGCUGCACAGAGGAUUUCGCUGAUGAUAUUCCUUUGUUAAAGGAAGCAUGAAGCCAGCUGCCUUUAUUUAGGCUUUCCCCCUCGCCACUAUCUGUGCAGUCCCUCCUGGGCUGUGCGCUCUGAAGCCUUUAUCCCCUCCCCCAAUCCCAGCCAGCCACAGCCUCCCAUCCAAAGGACUGCACAGAGAUGGAUUCCCCAGUGUGAUUUACUCAUGUACAUGCAGAGCACUUCCUGCAUGACCAGGCUUUGGUGGGCCUGCUUACCCCACUGAUAGAUGCAGUUUUUCAGCAAACCAGCAGUGAGCGGUUUAACACAGAGACCAUGUGAAGGACAGGCUUUAAGUAGAGAGAUUCCUUGUAUCUGGGUUUGUUUAACACGCAUGCAGCUCUGUGUGCACAGUAGUGACUGUAGAUUAUAUACCUUUACUUACUGACACAUGUACUCACACUUCACAAACGCAGACACACGAAAUAAACAUUCACAAUUAUUCACACUAAAUAAAGUUAAUAAUUAUUCACAAUAUGCUCACAGACCUUACACAAAGCAUUAAACACAAGUGCACAUAUAAUUCUUAAAGAUAUUUGCACACUUAGCACUGACGCAAGCAUGCACACCGCACACAUUCACUCCUCAUACAGCCAAGCUUGCACAGAGCUGCAAAGCAAGUUAGUAUCUCUGGGUCCAUUGCAAUAAACUAAAACAAGCGUACUAACUGGGCAUGAUCCUGUGGUUAGCACAGAGCAUGGUACUAAACUAGUAUGCAACUUAAUACCAAUUGCAGCAAAUGAAGUAGGUCAAGAUAGUUCCCAGCUGCGUAUUAAAGAUCUUCUCAAUUGCAACAAACCCCUAAGUAACUGCUGUUGCCCUCUAGAUUAUACUAAAACACAUUACUAAGUUAGUCCAGCAAUUUCUGUAGAACAAAUAUGAAAAAUCUCAAAAUAUACUGCCAACUUUUAUGAAACUGAACUAUUCAUAACCAAAAAUUAUAUUAUUUGAAAAAAAAAUCAUGUGUCAAAACGUUUUGAACAAAACCAGUUUCAUCUUUCUUCAACUUAUUUUAUAAAUAAAGGGCUUAUUUUAUAUAUAUAUAUAUUCGUAUGAGCUUAACAUGCAGCCUACAGCACUCGGUAUUCCCAGGUGGUCUCCCAUCCAAGUACUAACAAAGCCCAAAUAUUGCUAUGCUUAAGCAUUGUAUGGUAAGUUUGAUUUGAAGAGCUUUUUGCCGUCGGAGACGUUGCCCAGGGGUCACUACAAGGAAGUAGCUCUUCUUGACCCCUGCUUAUUUUAUAAAUAAUACAUAAUUCCAGUAGGACUUUCUAGUGUCUCUGCUUUCAGCCUCUUCCACAGACUUUUUAAAAUUUGCUGCUGUAUCUGACAGCCUUUCGGGGAAGGCAGCAUUUGGACAUCCUCCAAAGUUUCAACAAAAUCUUUUAUACACUCUGAAAUAAAGUUUCACCGUUGUAUAAUGUUGCACACGACUACUGGCCAUGAUUACGUUUGUAUGGCUGUACUGAGAAAUUAAGCUUUUAAAUAGGCUACACCUGACAUACGUAAUUGGAAUUUCUGAUUCAAUUUACACCUUUUAUAGUCUACAAUACACCUUUGGUCUCAUAAACAAAUGUGUUUGUUUUCUGUGUGAAUUAAAUAAGGACUAAUAAAAGUUUUGUUUAACCUCUAA